AUGUCUGACUUUGCUGACCUUAUUAGAGCUCUUACUUCAACAAAUGAAGAACUCAGAAUCCCAAAUCAACAAUUAUAUAUGCAGAAAGAAGCCGAAAAUCCUGUUGAAUGCAUGGCAAACUUACUUUCCAUUCUGAAUUCGGAUGAUUUCCAUGAUAUCACAACUCAUUGCUUUAUUUAUCUAUAUAGAAUAACAUCAGUAAUCUCUGCGCAGGAUAAUUUUGAAAUUAUUCCCCCUGAAAUUGUUGAUUUAUUGAAAACAGUCUUAAUUAAAUACAUUCAACUUCCAGUUUCACAAAAUUCAGUUGCUAUACGCCACGCAUAUCUUAUUCUCCAACAAUUUGUUAUAUUUUUCACUACAAUUCAACCGGCCGGAGAAAUUUUAGAAGCAGUUCAUUCUCAGAUACAAACAAGUAACCAAGCUCUUGCUAUUACUUACAUAUGUUACUAUGCUUCUAUUUUUACAGGCACAGACAAUGGUGAAGCAAUUUUCCAAAAUCUUAUUGCUUUGUUCCUUCUAGAGAGCUCUUCAACAGAAACUUUUGCUGAACAAAUACAUCUUUACAUGCAACUUCUAAAACUAUCUCCAAAUGUCUUCGAAGAGGAUUUAAUGAAUCGCUGUGCUUCUCUGUUCAUUCAAUUAAUCAAUUCUCCAAAGCCAGGAGAUUAUGCCUUUGCAACAGCAUUAAGGUAUUUCAAAGAUAGCCUUAAGAUGAUGAGCGAGGAAGAAAUCUCAAUGUGCGCACCAAUUAUUGUUCGCUUAUUCUCAGUUUUUUCAUCGGAAACCGCCUUAGAUUCUCAAAAACUUGAACUUAUCGAUAACUUUGUUGAAAUUACUAAGUUUUAUGGUGUUACUGAAAUCAUAAUCGAAAACCUCGAGGAGUUCGGACAGCGUUGCAUAGCAUUUAUUCAAAAAUGUGGAGAAUCUCAAUCAGAACUAAUUGAAAACAUUAAUGAUUUAUUAACAACACUUUGCGAAGAAGAUGAUUUCCAUGAAAAGUUAACAGAAUUGUUCACUCAAUAUCUUGAAAGCGAAAAUCUUUAUAUUGCUUCAAGUAUGCUCAGAAUCUUAUAUCCAACUGGUUACAUUUUGCAACUUUUCGAAUUAUUAAAAGUUGAAGAUAGAUAUAUAGUUGAAAAUGCUCUCGUUGCAAUUGAAGCUGUAUUAAAUCAUCAUUUUGAAAAGGAGACUGAGCUAAAUGAAGAUAAUUUGCUGGCUAUAUUCAAAGGAUUAUAUGAAAUCAUUUCGGAUGAAUAUUAUGAACUUGCUUUGAAAGCAAUUGCAACACUCUUGGACGGUGCUGUUGCAUUCAAGCUUCAUGACUUCAUUGUUUCUAUUGCACAAGAUGUUUUACAGAUACUCAGUUCUUAUUUCACAGUUGAUUCUGUUCACCUUGCAGCUGCAAUUGCAAUUGCAUGCCCAUCAGAUAUGUCUGAUGUUGCAGCUCAGAUCUCUACAAGGCUUUUAGAAUCAAUUGAAAAUGAAGAGGAACACUUAGAUGGUCUUAACAUCUUAUCAUUAGAAGGUAACUUCUUGCGUUGUAUGGACGAUUCUAUGAAGCUCGAAUUUAUGGAUAAUCUUAUUAGACUCACUGAGAAAUAUCCUGAUAUUGUUACAAGCGAAGGAUUUGGCUUUUGUAUCAAAGCAGUAGGCCAAAACAUGACAAACUUCAUUGAUAUUGUCAUGCCAAAGCUUAUUGAAAACAGUUCCAAGGAUCCUGCAAUUGCCUGUGACUUCAAUAUUUCUAACUCUGAUUCAGUGAUGGCAUUCCAGAUUCCUGGUUCAGCAAAGAACCUUGUUGUUAGAAGUGAAGAAAUUGUUGAAAUUACUAAUUCAAUUAAGAACCUUGCUAAAUUCAUCAAAGUUGUUGGAAGAAGUGUUACUGAUUACAAUAAAGAGCUUAAUACAGUUGUUAGCAAGACACUUUAUCAAAUGUUAGAUAAGGAUAUCAGAAUUGCUUCCAUCAAACUUAUAUCUGUAAUUUCAGUUGCUUUUCCAGAAACUGCUGCUCAGUAUGCAGCUUAUAUCCAUUCUUUCUUGCUUGGCUCAGAGGAUGAUGAGGAUGGAUGUGUUGCCGAACCAGAGAACGUUGUUAGAAUGAAAUGUCUUCAUAAAAUUUCUAAAUUAAUCGAGAAGGAAGCUGUUCCAAUUGAAUAUGUUUCUGCAAUAGCAGAUAUUCCUGCACAAAUAAUCAAUAUGUGUGCAAAGGAAAUUAUUGGCGAAAUUAACAAUAAUUCAUUCUCUGACAAUGUUUACAGAGAAUACUUAGAUACUGUCUGGGAAACUUUAACAAUUAUGAAAUCUAUUGAAAAUAGAAAUCAUGAAAUUGCUAUUAUUGCUUUCCAGCAAUGCAUUUCAGCUCUUGAAGAUAAUAAUCUCUCAGAGCACACUCCACUAUUUGAUAUUAUUCGAGCAGGAUUGCUUGCAGAUUUCUUAGAAAUAGUUCCUGAGUAUGAGCAUUUUGAUUCAGCAUUCAAGCAACUCACUGAUGGAAUGAUGUCAACAAAUGAAAAUGUUAGACAACUUUCAUUGUAUGGAUUCGGCAGAGCUGCAACAAAGCUUGAUGUAAAGGAAGAUGUUUUGGAUGGAUUCUUAUCAAUCCUUGCUGGAGCAAUCUCCAAUGAAGACACUAAGGAGGAAAAUUAUGCUUUAGGAAAUGAAUGCGGUCUUUCAUCCUUAUGUCUCAUUCUUGAAAAGAGAAUUACAGUUACAGGAACAGCAAAUGGAAUUGAAGGAUACAUUCAAUUCCUGGCAAAUAAUCUACCUGUAUAUAGAGAUGAUGAUGAGUCAGAAAUUGUUUAUAGAUUCUUAUAUAAUUUAAGGAACAAUUCUCGUGCUUCUCAAAUGGUUAGAGACUUUUGCGACCAGCUAUUAACUUCAUGCGAAAAUAUGGAUGUAUCAAGUGAUAUUGUUUCAAAAACAAUUCAAAAAUGUCAAUCUGCAUAG